AUGCAAAAGACAGAAACCGACAAAGUUUAUCCAUCAAUCAUUGAUGGAAAGGACAUCUAUCACAACGAGAAUGGGGUUUUGGUAACCAGUGCUUCCAACCGACCAUUGUAUCGCUUUUCACCGUUUUCCAUCUCCGAUGAAUCCAUGUAUGACUUAGCUACCAAUGCAAAACAAGGUUUUCAUGAAUGGUCUUCGUUCCCAACUGAGAAAAAAGUUGAAAUUUUCAACAAAGCUAAAGAACUUUUGAAAGAAAGAAAAGAGGAGCUCAAAGAAAGUCAUUUGGAAAUUGGUGGCCCCGGAUGGUUUGCAGACUUCAACGUUGACGGAACCGUGGGUCAACUUCAGGAAUACACGAGCCAAUUGUCUCGAUCACCAGGAAAUAUCGUUCAAUCACCUGACAACGAUUUGGCGUUCACAUACAAACAACCAAUAGGUCCUGUAUUAUCCAUCUCACCAUGGAAUGCGCCUGUUAUUUUAGCAGGUAGGUCCAUAUUAGCACCCUUGGCUGCUGGAUGUUCUGUGAUUCACAAAUCAAGUGAAAAGUCUCCUAGGUCAAGUUAUCUUUUGGUAAAGUGUUUUCUUGAUGCAGGAGUCCCACCUAAAGCAUUACAGUUGGUCCAUAUUAAACCUGAAGAGAAUUCCAAAUUUAUCGACGAGGUAUUACAAUCUGGUGCUAUUAAGAAGGUUAACUUUACUGGUUCUACAUUCGUAGGAAGCAAGAUUGCUGAAAAGUGUGGCAAAUACUUAAUUCCAUAUAUGUUGGAAUUAGGAGGAAAAAACUUGUCCAUUAUUUUAUCUGAUGCAAAUUUAGACAAGGCCGCUGAUGCCAUAUUAUUUGGAGCUUGGGCUCACAGAGGACAGAUUUGUAUGAGUACAGACAAAGUGUUUGUCGACGAGACGAUUUAUGACAAGUUCAAGUCCAAGUUGAUUGAGGCAGCGAAAGAAUUUUCGAAGGAUAAGGAUCAGCAAUUGAGCCAAAGAGAUGCAAUAGGCAGAGAUAAAGUAUUGGAUUUAGUUGAAGAUGCUUUGAACAAAGGUGCAAAACUAGUUUACGGAAAAUUUGACAAAGAUGCCAUUUUGAAAUCCAAUGUUAUUGAGCCUAUGAUUUUGGAGGAUGCAAACUCUGAGGCGUCCAUUUACACUCAAGAAUCGUUUGGACCAGUCUUUACAUUGCACAAAUUCAAAGCUGUCGAAGAUGUUAUCGAAGAAGUAAAUGAGCAUGAUUACGGAUUGAAGGGUUCGGUUUGGUCUACAAACAUUGUUAAAGCCCUCAAUAUUGCCAAAAAGUUGGAAAUCGGGGGAGUUCAUAUAAAUGCACCUACUGUUUCAGAUGAGACAACCGUGCCCCAUGGAGGGGUUAAAUCAAGUGGAGUUGGUCGUUUUAACAGUCAAUGGGGUAUGGAUGAAUUCCUGAUUAUUAAAGCUAUCACGAUUAAUGAAUAA